GCCAACCUGCUGACAAACAUGGGAUCCGUCAGGAAAACACGUCCUCCAUCAAAGUCCCAGUGGAUGUUAUCUCCUCCAAGCUCCGGGAACAACUGGAGCAAAACCUUCAAACAAAACUCAUGCGUGGGCCACUCCCUCAGGUCCACCUAUCUCUGGACAGGGAAAGAGCCCCAGGGACAAGGCAGGCAAAGCAUAAUUGUGAGCCUUGCCAGAUUUCAAUGAUAGAGGAUAGCAGGCAGAUCUCAGGAAAGACCAGGUCAGGGUCCCCCAAAGUAUCCCAGGUAGGGAGAUACUCAAGCAAUGAUCUGGGAAAGGAUGCGAAAGUGCAGGCCAAGGGUCUAGAAAUCUCCCCAGAAAAUGAUCUACAGUCCAUGUCUCAGGGAGCAUUACAAAGAAAUAGGGAGGGCCUCUUAAGAAGUGAUUCAUUAAAUGAAUCAGCAGGCAGUCCAGAGAAGAACCCACAAGACAGCAUGCAAGUCUGUGUGAGAGGGAAGGUGGAGCAGACCGGGGGCAGAAUCCCUGAGGGUGUGCAUCACUCCACCCUUACUGCGCAGCAUGCCUGUGACCGUCCUGGAAUCUCACAUGCCCCCAUGGAAACUGGGAACAAACCAUCCUUGAAGGGUCAGGAGUGUGCCAGGGGCACCCAGGACUUCUCCCUCCUGCAUCCUGGGGCUCAGCAGAGGCUGGAGACACACAUGAAAAGGCUCUGGGUGAGGCACAGGUGGCGCUUAGCCUUGAAGAUCAUCGAGGUCAUUCGUGCCUUCAAACUGAAAAAGUCUCAGGCCUCCCUGCUUCCAUGGCCUGCCUCUUCCUCCUCAGCCCCAGCUAACUCCAAGGCUGACUCCACCUGCCAGAGUAGGAGUCUCCUGGGAGAAGUAUCUCAAAAACUUCCAGGAGUGAUGGUGAAAGCAGUUAUUGAAGUUCUGCAAACUCGGGGUCCUCUCACUGGUCGCUCCUUCAAAUACCCGGUAAUGACUGUAUCUGGUGACAGUGGUGGGCCCUCGCAAGCUGCGCCAUGUGGACAUGAGAGCAGCUACAGUUCUCAGCCACACUUGCUCGGCACUGAGGGCAGAGCCCGGCCUGCUGAUACUGUCCCGAGGCCAGGGAGAGGUAGCCUUGGCCCAAGUGCAAUCUCUGGAAUGGACCGAUACCAGAAGCAGGAGAGAGGAGUUGCAGAACCUGGAGACCCUUCCCAUCGACUGUCAGCAUGGGAGAUGACUGUAGGAUCUCUCUACCCAAGGGCAAGAGACAUCAAGCAGACCAUGGAGACUGAGCAGAAGAAGCCCUUUGAUAGGGCACUGACCAAGGGAGCCAGUGUGAUGUCAACCUCCCAAAACCUGAAUAUGCAUCUGAGGAGUUUCAAGUCUCUGGGAUCCAAGAGAAUCCUCCACAUGCCCAGAAUUUCUGCUGUGCAGGACACAGGAGACUCAUGCUUGGCUACACAGGAAGACACCAAAAACAAGACUCAGGAUCCAGCCAAUGGGGUUCUCCUUCGAGACUUUACCACUGGAGAGGACCUUCAACACACUUUCUUAGAUAUUCCCCACAGGGAAAACAUCCUGGCCUCUCACAAGAGUCCAUCCAACUCCCAAGGAGUGCUUGCUAGUAGUGAAUCAGCUUCCCAAGGGAAAUUCGACCUCCUAAGGAAGGACAGGAUGAGCCAGGAAGAAAAAGACCCCAGGAUCUCAAAACUGGAGGAUCCGGAGAACAUGAAGAGCAGCAAGUUUGGUCCACCUAAGAAGAGAGAAAGCUUUGAGAAGCCCAAGCCAGGAGGGAAGACAGACAGAUUUGCAGGAGGAAAGGGGGUUGGAAGGCUGAUUACCUCUUCUCAGGUCUGGGAAGCAAGAGACACCAUGGGGAGCAAGUCCCUGCUCCUGGCAAAGGAGAAACCAGCACCUUCCAAAAGCUCCACUGGGACCAGAGCAACAAAAUUUGGGCAAAGCAUGCUGCAUAACAAAGACCGAGCAGAGGCAGAGUCCCUGCAGACAGUGCAGGCCCCAGGACCUGCUACCCAAACUCAAGGGUCAGGCGCAAGCAGCACACACUCUAUGAAAAGUGGGAGUGCCAAAGCCCAAGUGCUGGUGACCACUGUUGGACAGAUCGUAGAGGAGAAAAUGAGGCUACAAAAUGUGGUUUCAGCCUCCAAAGAAACCUUGAGGAAAGGGGAACCCCAGGGCAAUAGCUGUUCCUCCUACGAAAAGAAUGCUUCCUUACCCCAGCAAAACAGAAAGAUGAGCAUCAUGGGCUGUGGUCAGCAGGCCAGGCCUGAGCACCACAGCCAUUUUAUGACUACAGGAUUCAACACAGACAGGGCAAGCAAUCCUGCCGUC